CACUCCUCAUUAAUGCGCACAUCACCAUAGCCUUGACACAGGCCUGUCGAUUGCAACCAGUAUAAAACAUCAGUGUUGUCUGUUUACAUCUACAUCUGGGCUACUUAUCAAAGCCUUUGCAUGCUGCGUUUCUUGACUACGAUUGCAACCAGGCUGAUCGAGUUAGAUUUUGAGUUCAAUUUGUAAUUUUGUCCGGUAAUAUCGUCGGCAGAGAGACAGAAAUUUAGGGGGAGAAAAUGGUUCAAUUAGGGGUGACAGAUAAUCCGAAAGAGAAGGCGUUGAAACUGCCUCCACCCGCUGAUAGCACAGUUGUCGUCUUGCAGUCGACAGCGCCACCAACGGCAAAAAAGUCAUGUUGCACGAGGCGUGUCAUCAUUUGCAUAUCUGUGACGUGUUUCCUGUUGGCCAUGACGAUCGCUUGUGUCCUGCUGGCCCUCUACGUCCGCCGUGAUUCAUGUCUCACGUACUGGGGACCGUGCGAACCUUACUACCUCGAUUUUUCUGACGACAUCGUUUAUGACAGUGAUUUCUCAGUGUGGAAUCAUGAUGACGUCGUCAUUCAAUCAUCUGAUUAUAGUUCGUCUGGAUCAAGCGUGACUAUUAUUGAAAACAUCAUGAACGGGGAGUGGCAAGAUGGCGGACAUGAGUAUGAAGGGGAAUGGCAAGAUGGCGGCCCCCUUGGUGAAGCGGGAAGUCAACAAGUUGACCCCAGCGGCGAGCACGUACCCGGACAACCUUUAGGAAUCAUCGUUGUUCCGCCAGAGAUGACCCAGAUAGUCGACUAUGUAGAAUAAAAUACCAACGACUGUUUCAUGUACUUUGUUAUUAACGUCAUCACAAACGGCUAUUUCAUGUAGCAUGUUAUUUUUAUAUGAGAUUUGAUAACUGUUAAAAAAGAAAGAUUUGUUACUUAAUCACAAACGGCUGUUUCAUGUUGUAUGUUUCUUCGUGUAGGAUUAUCUUAAAGUCACCUGGAAGUGGUAUUUUGUCCAAACAAAGCUUUUGACACUAAAAUAUGUGUUUUGAUGAGUGGA